AUGAAUCCCGAGGAUCCUUCAACAGUGACCCAUACGACUAGCAGCUGCUUUGAGAAGACUCCUGUGAACUCGGCAUUCAUCAGACGGCUGCAGAAAGAUCCGCAUGCCACCCUCCAACACAUCGAGGAGUUAUAUGAUGCCAGACUGCCUGGAGCACACAACAAGAACCUCAUCAAGCAUCUAAAGUGUCUUACGGAGGCUUCUGGAUCUCACGAAAUGCUUCCUCGUGGAACAUGGCCGGCUGAGACGAAUCGACGUCUCUUCGAUCUUUACUUCAAUGCCGUAGUGGCACCAGGCUUCUUCGAGGAGGAACCUAUUCUCGUGGUACUUGUCGUAGAAGGUUUGCUGAACCUAGCGAGAGAGUGUGUGGAUCUGGAUGACAUCAAAACUGUGAGGUAUAUGCUACUAUGCUGUCCUGUCAUCUUCAAAAAGAUGUGGGAACACCGUGAUCGGUUGAAAGCCUUGGAUAUCUCUCCGAAGGAGUCAGUGUUUGAGUGGUGUGUCUUUCACUGGGCAGACAUGUACCAGAGAAACCAUGAUCAUCUGGCGGGCACCAGAACUUAUAUCCCCCAGGUGGCUCUUUACUGCUGGGUACAUCUAUCCAGGCCAGAUGGAUUCUCUGAUAUGUCCUUGGCGGGAUUGAGGUUCAUUCAUGGCGGUGAUCAGCCAUACUACGCACCGCAAAUGGUCGAGCGCUUCGCCCAAGAGGUCGUCGUGGACACUCUAGGGGGCGAUUCUGUUUUGGAACGUUUCGAGCGUACUUUGAUUGACUGCCUUGAUGAAGAAAGAAUGGACAUUUUGAUCGGUUCUGGCGAGGUAGUCGAUGCUCUCGACUUUGUAACGCAGCUGGCGAAGCAUCAUUCGGGGAUCCGGAGACUCGUGCACCAACAGCAGUCGGAAAAGGAUGACGCGGACGUGGUGUGGAUGGAGUGGGAGUCGGCGUUGUUCUUCUGGCAACUCAUGUUCAUGGAUCUGGAGGACGCACAAGACAAGAUGGAUAUGUCAAACGUGACGGUCCGCGGCGACGACAUAAUCACGUUCUUGGCACGCGGCACAGAGCUCAUAUCUCGCGGCAAUCCUCCAGACCUUUACGACCUCAUCACAGGGAGUUUGCAACUGAUGGGAGUUUAUGCAAGGGCUGAACUGUGCGAUAUAGCGCCAACGCUUGUCGACGACCUUCUACGCCGCACAGUCACGGAAUGGAUCCCAGUACUGAACAUCCUCGAUAUGGGCUUUUACCGCCGAAGGAUACCAGAGGACGUUUACAAGAAGCUACGUGACGCGUGGAUGACAUUCGGAUCGCAAGUCAUGAAUCUUGACGAGGAUAGAGAACGCAAACGUCAUCAGGACGCGAUGCAGAAGUUCUGCUCGUAUCCAGCAUGCCAGUUCUAUCGAAAGGAGCCGAACGUGGAUUUAUCGUCCUGCUCGGGGUGCGGAGGAGCCCGGUAUUGUGGUAAGGAAUGUCAACGAGGAGAUUGGAAGGUGCACAAGAAGACAUGCAGGAAGGUUGUGGAGUAG